AUGGCGCCCGUGGCCUCUGCGCGUCCUUUGGCGGGCCAUGCUCAGACCACAGUCACCCAAGAUAGGCUGAAAAGGAGGGAACAUAAUGGUGCACGGCAUCCUAAAACAGGGACGUCGACGGAUAUAUUAAACGGAGAUGAAAUAAGUCGGCGUAGUAUGUCGUGGCGGCCCGGCUGGAACGACCGAAUACCUGAACCCCCUGUUAGUGACCUGACCCAUGCAACCUUUUCAGCUGUCCCCAGAGACACCGUGUUAGGGAAAAGAGACAAUGGAAUCCGGCCAUCAUCUGUAGGCCCUCCUCGGAGAUAUGCACAAAUAUCUUCCAUCAACCGAAUGCAGGCACGCAGUGUCGAUAUCCGUGCACAGAGGCGCUUAAUGCAUGGGCAGCAGGCGAUGGUGAGCAACAAGAAUCGCUUCGACAAGGAUUUCAGGUCUGACGGCCGCUCAAUCAAGGGCAAAGCACCUCGGAUGUCAACUUAUGUACAGUCUAGCAGCUCUACAAUCUCAGAAGAAAACCCUAAAUCCCGCACCCUGCUGGACGCAACAAGUUCUGAAAUUCCCCAUCUCCGAAAACGGCGCACAUGGGAAAUUUUGCAACACCUUGUUGACCAGAUAGAGCAGGGAGGGAAUGAAGAGGAAGGGCCUUCAUCCGAAACGCUUCUACAACAUCCAGACAUACUUCAAAAGCUACUGCACGCAAUCAGGCCCUUGAUCCCCCUCAAAGAUGUAAUAGGCCAGUUGGCUGAAAAGGAAGAAAUCGCUAAUGCUGCACAACCUACUCAAGGUGGCGCACCACCAGCCCUCUGCUGUGAGAGUGGUGGGAACAGCGCCACUACCAGAAUAUCAAGUGUGGCUUGUGUUGAGCCUCGCUCGAAGUCCGCUCGUCGAAGAGCCCCCGCGUCUGCUACGGGUCAUAAGGAGGUAACUAUAUCAAACGCUUCGGUUGGCGAGCAGCGUUCAUCUCUUCCAAGACGUCCUCUAGCAAGCCCUGGGCCAGUGCAUCCUACAGCUGUGAACCAGGGUACUGACCGACUGCCUGCUGGGUGGAAGCCAACCAGGCUUCCGGCGGCUACAGGGGGGCUGGUGUAUGGUAGGCCUGCCUCUACACUUCGUAACCCUCUGGAACCGACUCGAUCAGCCUUCCCUACAGGCGACCGUUUGGCUGCCGUGUCAUCUAGUGCUAAAAAUUAUAAUGGAACUGCACAACUGGAGGGAUCUACGAAGCGGUAUGAAAAGCCUCGAACUACGCGUUCGGCGAGCACAGGGCGGUAUAUGCACGUGGCUUCUCGACUCCCCCAAGGAGCUUUAGAACACAAGAGGCCACAGGGGACGCGGACAAAGGUGGUCUCCAUAAACAGGUCCACUGAGAAGCAAAGACAGCUUACAACUUCUUCUGAGGGCUCAGGGUUUUCAGCGGAUUACGCCGACGCGCUAGUACCCGAGCCGUUCUCAUCAGCAAGGUCGGGAGACACAGAUUGCAGCCUUGCUUUGGAGGCCACAGCUUCACGUGGGUGCAGGCUUCUUGGCCUCGGAGAAGAUGAGAAGGCGCAGAGAGUAGAUUUACAAGGUGGCACUGUUAGAUGUGCUGUACCUCCUUCGCUGCCUGGUGUACGCUUCGCUUCCAUUCAAGCUCUUGGGACGUCACCGCCAGCUUCUCAUCAUAGUUAUUCAGAAUCAAAAGAGUCUGGUCGUUCAGAUGCAUCUGACCUGCACGAGACUCAAGGAAGAGGAAGCGUAAUAAGCACUGGACCCCGGCAGCAUGCAGAGCCCGAGGCAGAGUCCGCAACUGCUUCAGUGGCGUCCACGAGUCCCCAUCGUGGAAGUCAAAUGCUAGUAGAGCGCAGCCCUGUAACACCGAGGAGGCGUGCCUCUGCUACCCCAACGCCGACAAGGCCUAUUUCUGAGAAGGAGCGAUUUACUCGCAGAUCAGUGCACAGUCACGAAGGUCUUCUGUCUUCGCCCCCCAAACGGGAGAGGUACCUGACCGUGGCCGAGGCGUCGAGAGGGAGGUUAGCUUCGGUGUCAGCAAAGAUCGGUCGCACGGUCGAUGCGGGCGAUGCUGAGUCAGACAAAGAGUCUGUAAGCCAUGGGAGCUCUCCUGUGCCCCGACUGAAACAGAGGGGAAGGGAGGCCAGAACGGCUUCCAUUCAAGUUGCAUCUCCACGGGGCGUCCUUCCACUCAGCCCUACUUCAAAAAAGACUAGGCCCGAAAGGCCUCCAGCCUUGGGAAAAGCUACCACAGAAAGGGAUCAGAAAAGUCCCGUGAAAUCUCCCAGAGCUUCCCCACGGGACGCACCUCACAGCGCCGCUUCAACAGGCCGCCGGCUGCUUGGCUCUUCUUCGCGAAAGGCCUUACAGCCAAAGUUCGCCCCUGGAACUCCGCCGCGAGCGCGCGCAAACAGUGCUAUGUUAGCGCCAGGUCAAGUGACUGCCAAAGGCCCCAGGCCGGAAGCAAAAGAAAGUUCUGAGAAAAGUGAGGAGGCAGAUGAAGCUCCACAGGAAGAAAUGCCUCCUCCGGAGUCUGCUUACCCUUACCUUCGGAUUGCCGAGCUUCCUAUGUUGGACAAACCUCUCAGACACUUCCCAGAGUUGGAAACUCUGCCUCUCAAGCCCAGCCCUGAGCCGCCACCACAAAUAGACGACUCUAUAACAUUUCUUCACGUGAUGGAACGUUCUGAAGGCCUGACAGAAGAAGCAAGAGAUAAAGCAACACACCGUGCAGUCUCCUCCCUGUGCAGUGAUGGUCCAGAUACAAUGAUGCUAAUUGCGCGCUGGAUGGACAAGGCAGCAGAUGCUCUGGAAAGCAAUAGCAUAGCAGUAAAGGAGGACCUUCCUUGGUGGCAUGUUAUACCUCCUCUUUUUGUUGGCCUUCAAACCCACCGAAAUCUCCUGGACCCCGAAGUACCCUCAAGGCCCAUAACGCUUGACGACCUGCGUAACUUCUUACGAGAAGAAGGCUUGUUUGAAACGGACGAGCAGAAGCUACGUCGCUUGUUGCAAGCAGAAGGCCCUUCGAGCAAGCUCCUUGGUGGUUCGCGAGGUCCGAAGACUCCUACGCCCCUUGACAAUUAUAUGGAUUACUUGCUGGAAGUGGCUUUAAAGUACCUGCGGAUGCGACAAAAGCCAUUGGUGAUUCCGAAGAUCACACGCUUCACGGUAGGCGCUGGAGAUGAGUCUUCGAGUACCUGUUGCUCUGGAACACGCUGUUCCAGUGAACGGAGCCUGGAGAGAGGUUGUACCGGUGAAAACCAUGUAGACCAUCAGGAAAAACUAUCCUGGAAGGAGGGCAGUUUCCUUGGCUACGGAGACCGUUCACUUGCCCAAAGGCGGUGUCGGAGCUCCUUGCCAGUCAGGGAGUCAUCCAAGAUGUGUUGGUCCACUGGUAAUAUCUGCGCCAAAACAAAACCCGCCGAGAUUCUACCAGGCUGUAGGUUUCCUUUCUGCCUUAGUAGCAUGACCGGGCCACCUGAGCUCGACCUUUUUGAGUCAACGGCCAUACAGCACGUUCGUGAAAGUUUGUGCAAAAUGCCUUUGCUGCCUUCCGAAAAAUAUUUGCGGUACCUGCGGUCGACAGGGCGCUGCAACGAGCUUAGAUCGCUGGCGAUAUGGCUAGCGGGAAGUUAUGAAAUGGUCCUCAGCUACAAUGCUUUCUUGGCGUUGAGGAUGCCACAUGUGGCAGAUCAGAUACAGACAUCGAGCUCCAAUCAGGACGCGCAUUCUCAUUUGAGCUCAUCCCGAUCUGAAAGUAGGACUUCUGGAGACACCAGUGGUCGAUCAUCCCUUGGCAGAACGCGAAAGCCAGAGGACAAGGGGCCCAGGAGCUCCUUGCAAGAGCAUGAUGCUAUGGAUGAAAAAUUAGAGACAAUCACAGAAGGCACAGAAGAAUAUAAGCAGCAUGAGCAGAAAGACGAGGAAAAUUCGCAAAGGUCAAGCCUGAGCGUAUCUCUGUACUCCAGCCCUAGAACGCCUGCUCUUCACGCUGUUGUGAUCAAGCCAUCCUCUUCCAUUUCCUUUGACAGCAGUUGCGAUGAGCAGGCACCCGAUCACAAGGAUGAGAAGUGCCCAGGACUACACGUUCUAGGGGAGACGAGUGCGCCCUCACCCAUUAAAGGGCAGCACUUGACAAAGAUAACCGGUAAAAGCCGUAUUGUUUCUGUGCCGAAAAAGUUGAAGAAUUCGGGAUCACUGCCUGCAUCGCCGAGAUACUAUUCAAGCUCCCGUAGCCCACCAGCAGAGCCUUCGCGUCCUCGGAGGAGCAGUAGUAUGGCCACUGCUUUGACACAGCACCCUUCUCAUCAAUCCACAGCACCUGCAACGAAGGUGAAGCCCAAGAAGGUACUCAAGAUUAAGGCCGGAUUUAUUCCUGCAGAACCAACGGGCCAGAAGGCCUCAGCUGAAGAGAAACACUUUAGAAUUGGACUAAUCCAAGAGCAGCAGGCCCCCGUUGCUCCUGAAGGACCAGCAUUUGCCCGUGACAAGCACAUUUCAGGAGUCAUUCUACAUCCUCAUCAGGGGAGCCUCUCUGAUGGCAGGGAUAAUACAUGUGAGCUGUCUGGAUCAGCUGGUGUUCCAUUCGAAUCCUCAGUCGAAGGAUCAGCGGCGCACAUGCAAGGCCGACCUGCACUCCGUUCGUUGAAUGGCGUGCCAACACAGAGCUACAAAGAUACAGCCGUAUCAGGGAUGUCUAAGCAGAGAGCUGGCAGUGUACUGAAACAAGCCCGUGUGAAGCCUCAGAGUGUUCGAGGACGAAUUGGUGGGAAGUCUAACGCUGUGGCGGUUGCUGGUGUUUCUCCGAAGCCAUUUCACGCAAUAAGUCAUGCAGUCAGAUAUUCCGGAGCCCGAUCCCAAAAUAAAAUAGAUGGAACUCUCUGCAAGACAAUACGUGUGAAAAGCUCUCGAAGGGGUCCCUCGCGGGUAAUUCAAGAGGCCGUGGACCUUUUGUCGGAACCACAGAUGCUGGCGGAAGUAGCGAAUCUCUGCACUCGUUUGUCAAGUUUAAUUUGCUGUCAUCCAAGUGCUCCUCUACUUGAACAUCAUUCUAAUGGCCCUCUUCACGUGGAAGACCUACCAGAGUCAAUGACUCCGAAGCGGAUGGUGCGGCGCUGA